AUGGAGCAGGCCGUUGAUAAUAUUCACGAUACUUCUGCACUUGCUGAUGAUGCUGAUGAGUCGAAUGGUGUUGCUGAUAUUGAUGAUCAGGAUCAGUGGACCGGAUUUCCCGGAGGACCGACGGAGCAUCACGUCGCUCGGAGGCUAUGGGAAGGAGAGGAUCGUGAAUCAUUAAAAGUAAUUACUCACGGAUUGAAACUGAAGAAGUUUGCCGAAGUUCCUAUGUCAGCUCCUGUAGAGCAUUGGAUUCAGGAAUCUGGGCUGAUGCAUCUAUCUUCAGGCUACCUCACUAUGGCUGAUGUUGUUCUGAUAUCCGCAUUUGUUGAAAGAUGGCACAGAGAGACCAGUUCAUUUCAUCUGCCAUUUAGAGAGAUGACUAUCACCUUAGACGACGUCGCGACUCUCCUUCACAUCUCACCACAUGACUACUCGUGGGCUUCCGCGACAUUGGUUUUCCUUUAUGACAACUUGAGAGAUGGAGCUGUCUACGACACUCGACAGGUGAGACGUUACAUGACCCUACUACAGUGUUGGAUUUACGAGCACUUUCCUAGGAUCAAUAAGCGGGGUGAUAGAGGAGCGGUUCCUGCCCAUCUUCCAAGAGCAUGUAGGUGGACUGCAAAACAUGUUGUUGAAGGUGGAUUGAUGGCAUAUCGUCGGAGACUUGAUGCGUUGUUGCUUGAGGAUGUAGUGUUUACACCAUAUGAUGAUGAUCGAGCUAAUCAUCCGUUUGUAUCGAUUUUGAUGUUUUCUGGAUAUCUUCGAUGUGGUGGAGUCUCAGUCCCAUAUUUGCCAGAGUGA